UCUCAAGCUUCUCUCUGAAGCCAAAACAAAGGUAAAGAUAAAAAAAAAAAAAAAAAAAAACGAGAGUGAAGCAAGAGGAGAUUCCAACAAAAAGAAAAACCCUGAUUGAAAACAAAAAUGCACGGAGAUUAUCAAGUGAUGAAAUCAGGCGAAGAGGAAGAAGGACAUCUGGUUAUUAAUCCGGACAACAUUUUCGGCUCGGCGUCUUCUUCUCCGACAGGAACAUUCCAAAAUCCUGAUUUCAAAUUUACUUUCGAAAACCCCAAUUUCUACAUUGUCCCGAAAGAAGAGGAUGAGAUGAUGAGCAUGAUGGAUGGCGGGUCGGGUGGAUCAAUCGGGUCGGGUAAUGACCCAGUGGAGGAUAGUGCUAUCGAACAACAGCUUCCUCCGGCUAAGAAGAAACGCCUCCAUAGACACACUGCUCAUCAGAUUCAUGAAAUGGAAGCGUUCUUUAAGGAAAAUCCUCAUCCGGAUGACAAACAAAGAAUGAGAUUAAGCCAAAAACUUGGUCUUAUGCCCCUACAAAUCAAGUUUUGGUUUCAAAACAAACGUACCCAAAUUAAGACACAACAAGACAGAAGAGAGAAUGUAAUGCUUAAAGCAGAGAACCAAACUCUUAAGACAGAGAAUCGCAAACUUAAGUCCGAUCUACAAUGCCUCUCUUGCUCGUCUUGCGGCGGCUCCAGCGACAAAAUCCGCCUCGAAAACUCCCGCCUCCGUCAAGAGCUUGAUCGGUUACGCAACAUUGCUUCAUUGAUGAAGCCUUCUCUUCCUCCACAAGACAUUGCCCCUUUCUUCCCGGAGGCAUAUAAUAACAACGACUUGGUAAUUGUGGAGGCAGAAAAGGAGACUGUGAUGGAUCUUGCGGUUUCUUGCGCUCAUGAAUUAGCAAUGAUGUGUGACACAAAUGAGCCCUUGUGGAGUAAGAAGAGAUCAGAAAACGGGAGUGUCUGUCUGAACGAGGAAGAGUACAAGAAGAUGUUCUCAUGCCCUCCAAUGAAUGAUGAUGAUCACAACAAGAACAACAACAAUGGAGACCGUUUUCGUAGAGAGGCUUCAAGAGCUAACGCUGUUGUCUUCAUGAACAGCAUAAACCUCGUCAACGCUUUCCUUGACGCAGAAAAAUGGUCGGAAAUGUUCUGCUCGAUAGUGUCAAGAGCCAAAACGAUUCAAACCAUUUCUAGAGGAGCUUCUGAAGCAAGAUGUUCUCUUCUUCUGAUGUAUGCAGAGUUACAAGCGCCAUCUCCAUUAGUACCAACAAGAGAAGCUUAUUUUCUUCGGUACGUGGAGCAAAACACGGAAGAAGGAAAAUGGAUGAUUGUAGAUUUCCCGAACGAUAGGAUCAAACCAGUUUCAGCUAUUACAACUGAUCAGUACCGGAGGAAGCCUUCUGGUUGCAUCAUUGAGGACAUGCUUAACGGAUACUCUAAGAUCACGUGGGUGGAGCACGUGGAAGUGGAUGAGAAGCACGUGCCCCACGAGAUGGUUAGAGAGUAUGUGAAGAGCGGUGCAGCCUUUGGUGCUGGACGGUGGCUAGCUGUGUUGCAGAGACAGUGUGAGAGGAUGGCUAGUCUCAUGGCUACAAGCGUCAAUGACCUUGGAGAGAUACCAUCUGCAGAAGCGAAGAGGAACUUGAUGAAGCUGUCACAGAAAAUGGUGAGAACUUUCUGUCGGACCAUAAGCAGUUCGUGCGGACAAGCAUUGUCUGAAUCAACAAAGGACACAGUGAGAAUCACAACCAAAGAAGUUUGUGGUGGUGUCGUUCUAUGUGCCGUCUCCACUACGUUUCUUCCUUACUCUCAUCUUCGAGUCUUUGAUCUUCUCCGCGACCUGUCUCAGAUGGAGAUGUUGUUCUAUGGGAAUUCACUUCAAGAAACUGCUCGUAUCGCUAAUGGGUCACAUCCUGGAAAUUGCAUCGCUCUUCUUCGGAUCAAGGGGACGAGCAAUUCAUCGCAGAAUGCUGAGUGGAUGCUUCAAGAAACUUGCAUUGAUACUUCCGGCAGUCUCGUGGUCUACUCCACCGUCGACUCCAACUUUGUUCAGCUCGCUAUGAACGGCGAGGAUCCUUCUAGAAUUCCCCUUUUGCCCCUCGGGUUAUCCGUUGUUCCCGCCAAUUCAUCCGUCAAUUUGCCUUCGUGCUUGCUCACCGUUGCGAUACAGGUCACCGUGAGCAACCUCGCCACCGCAAGUCUCAAACUUUCCACCGUUACCGCCGCCAUCAACAACCGCAUUUGCUCCACUGUCAACCGUAUUUUCUCCGCGCUCGGAAGCUCCGGCUCGUGCUUCAAACAAGAUAACAGCAAGUAGGUGAAGAUUUCGAGGGUAUUUUGGUAAAUAAAUCACUGAUUAGGCUUAUUUUGUAGACGAGGGUAAAUUCGAUGGGAUGAGAAGGGUAAAACAUGAAUUCACCACUAAUUUAUUGGGGGAGUCAAGAACGAACCAAGAAUGAUGACAUUUUUUAUGAACCGGGUUUUAUCCGGUUUGAAAACUGCGUGACUGGUUCGUGUAUUGACUUCCAUAUCGAAUUCGUAGAAUCGU